AUGAGGGAAACGGUUGACGAAACAGUAAAGACACAAAGGAAGGAGACGGACUACAAAGGAAACACACGUUUGUCUCAAACAAACGAAAGGGAAGAACUGAGGGGAUACGUCGCGGUUUUGAAGCUUCCAUUAGCCGCUGUUUUACUGGAAAUUAGUAGAGAGGCCGGCACUGGUUCAGCAUUGAUUUUAGGAUCUGGAUUUAGGAUGUGUUCCUGGGGGUUUUUGACGCGUUUUUACAUGGGUAUUGGCCUAGCCAAUGAGAGGGAAGAGAAAUGCCAAGGGGCGAUAUUUGGCGACGCGCUCGGAAAGCACAUUGGUCGACACCGUACCACGAGCCCAGAAAUAGAUACAGAGCGAUGUAUCUUCGCGUGGCACGAGAGAAGCAACAUAGUGGAGAGAGGCCAGAGAAAAGUGAGUCUAUUAAAGCGCUCGAGGCUGGAAACGCAACAGAAGUUGGCAUCAUCAGAGCAUGGUAUGAUAACAUGGAAAGAUGAAGAGUUUCGUCGACAGCUCGGUGCACGUGCAUCGUCCCUGAUGUUUCCUGGGCAACCCAAGCGACCACCAAAUCAACAUGACCGCCCAGGAUGGCUGGCUCUUUUGCACUUUCGAACUCGACGUCAGAGUAGGUCCGACAUUCUUUCGGUAGACUUAGACAUUGAUUUUCUCUACCUAUAA